AUGGGAGUUUGUAUAAGUAAAAUUCCAUAACCUCAGCCUGAGAUCAAUAUGGAUCCCAUGCCUACAGUGUAACCUCCAAAAGGAAAUUACUCGAUGAGUAGUUUGCCUGCGGAAGUAAGUUUAUGCAACUAAAUCAUUAAGCCAAGAAGGGGGGACAAGAAACGUUAAGCAAAAAUAGAAGUGAUGGAAGAGCAGAUUCACGAGAAUGUGGUUAAGUAGGCAAAGGAGAAAUCACCUUUUGAUUUUUAAAUGAUUCUGAAUGCCUUUGGAGACCACUUUAUGUUUGCCCAGCUCGACAAUGAUGACAAGUAAAUAAAAGUAUUAAAGGUAGGGCUAAACUAAUUGAUGAGAUGUAUUAUGUUACAGCUAAAAAUGCAGAAUUCAUAUUUAAACAGGGGGAUAAAGCAACAUUAUUUUUUAUAAUUGGUAGAUUUCAUCAUUAAUAAGUAAGAAAGGGGGGAUUGUAAAAUUAUCAUAAAUGAUGAGGUUAAGAGAGUAUUGAAAACUCCUGCGUAUUUUGGAGAAUUGGCCUUAAUGUACCAUGCCCCAAGAUCUGCGUCAGUAUAGGCAAUAGGUGAUUGUGGAUUUUGGGUGUUGGAGAGAAAGAAAUUCAGAAAGGCAGUUGAGGAUAUCCAAUAAAAAGCAUACGAAACAAAUAGAAAAUUCCUGGAUUAAGUUAAAUUUUUUGGUAUUGUGUUGUUUAUUGAGUGUUUAGAUUUUAUGACUGAGGAACAGAGAGACAGUAUAGCAAAUGUGUUGAUAACAUUAAAAUUUAAGUAGGGAGAGAUAAUUGUAAAUGAAGGAGACAUGGCAAAUUCAUUCUACAUCAUACAGAAGGGAAUAGUUUAGGUCACAAAGUAGGGAUAGUUCUUGAGAUACAUGAAUUAGGGGGAUUCCUUUGGAGAAUAAGCCCUUUUUGGUAAUUGUGUAAGAGGAGCAACUGUGAAAGCCAAUGAUGAGGAUGUUAAUUUGUUAUCGUUGAGUAGAGAGGAUAUUACAACUAUUCUGGGAGAGAAGAUUCAGGUACCAUAAUUGCAUUUAUUUAGUUGCAUAGUUAAUCAUUUAUACAAAUAUGCAGAAAUGGGCAUUUGAAAAACACCCUUAAUUAAGGGAUCUGACAAAGAUGUAAAUUUAAAAGAUAGUGUCAAACUUUAAAAUUAAGACUUAUGAAAGUAAAGAGUACUUAUUCUCAAAAAAUUAAAUGAUUGAUAAACUCAUUAUUAUUCUUGAUGGUUAAUUAGAGUUUAAUGGACAACUAUUUAACAAUGGUCAAUUAUUUGGAGACACAUUUCUCUAAGUUGAGGAAUCUAAAAGGAAAAUUAGUUCGGAUAUAGUAACUACUCGUAAAACCACAUUGUCUGUGCUCCCUUUUAAACAGUUCUUUGAGUGUAUUGGAGGAGAAUUGGAAACUGUUGUAAAGAAGAAUAAGGACAGAGCGGGAUCUUCAAGUUUGUUAGAGAAACGAUAAAAAAGCAAUUAUUCUCUGCUUACUUUAGAGGACUUCAUUGGAUUGCAGCUUUUAGGAGAAGGCACCUUUGGAAAUGCUUACUUGGUUAAAGAUAUCCCUCAAUAAAAUCUGCAUGUCAUGAAGUGUGUUCCAAAAGUAAAUAUAAUAGCAAAUAAUACUGAAAGACACAUAAAGAACGAGAAACAGGCUCUAGAUUUGUUGAAUCAUCCAAGUUUGGUCUGUUUUCAUAGAUCCUUCAAGGAUCAAAAUUAUAUAUACUUAUUGACUGAAUAUGUCAAGGGAAAGGAACUAUUUCAUGUGAUCAGAGAUCUUGGACUAUUGAAUUCAUAUGAAACUCAAUUCUACAUCGCUUAGAUGAUUAAUAUUUUAGAGAAACUCCACUCUUAUCACAUCAUCUACAGGGAUGUAAAACCUGAGAACUUCAUAGUCAUGGAAGAUGGGUAUUUAAAGUUGAUUGAUAUGGGUACUGCCAAAGUGUUAAAAUCUAGAGCUUCUAAGACUUACACUAUCGUUGGCACACCUCAUUACAUGUCUCCUGAAAUUUUGAAGGGCAAAGGAUACACCUUCUCCACUGAUUUGUGGUCUUUGGGAAUCUGCUUUUUCGAAUUGAUGUGUGGAGAAGUUCCCUUUGCUGGCAAUGAAGAUGAUGACCCGUAUUUAUCAGUUUAUAUUUAGAUACAUAAUCUAAGAAGCCAUUCUGAAUGGGAGAGUAGAGUACCCUUAAUUUUUGAAGGACUUCAAGGCCAUUAAAUUGAUGGAUCAAUUGAUGAAUAGGACACCUGAGUUGAGAUUGGGGGGAUCGUAUGAUGCUCUCAAAGUUCAUUCUUGGUUUGAUGGAUUUUAGUGGGUAAACUAUUGGUCCUAUAAUUUUUAAGGAAGACUUAGAAAUGAUGGGAAUUAAACCUCCACACAUUCCUAAGCUCUAGUAAUCCAAGUUUGAGGAAAUACCCUUUCUAGAGAUGAUUACAAGGGAUACAAGUCCUGAUAUGAUUUGCACCGUCGCUGUCGAUUGGGACUCAGAAUUUUGAAAAUAUCUG